UAAUGAUAAUGCCAAAAAUAAUGAGGAGCAAAGCCUAAUUGAUGAUAAAUCAUAUGAACAAUAUCUCAAGUUCUGUGUAGCAACGAACUCUCUAAGUUUUAAAAUCAAUGUUUAUACUGUACAGAAACCAUAUUCGGAAUGGACCUUCAAUGAUGUUAGCAAUAUAUUCAAACUACCGGCUCAUUACAAAGAUCUUCCUAAAUUCACUUGUGGUAUCGAUAAAUUUGAAGAUAAAAAGUCCCAAGAGUUGAUUUUGCAUCUUAUUAAAGAACUAAAUAUUCGUCAAUCAACAGUCCGCGGUGAUUCUGAAGCUUAUAAUAGUCAUUUUGUAAUUCCUUUUCUUGCAGUGGCAAGCUCCAUAUGUGGUAAUAAGGCUCAAAUAUAUCCUGAAGAGUAUAUUCAAGGGAGAUAUUGCCGUGGACCAGUAGAUUUUUGUAUGAUAUUGGAAAAUAUAAUCAUCAGCGUUGUAGAGGUAAAAAGAGAUGAUUUUAUACAAGGUGCAGCGCAAAUAAUCGUACAGCUUCAUUCAUCGCUUGAGGUUGAAAAUGAUUUGGUUAUUGAUAAAGUGUAUGGAAUAGUUACUGAUAGUAAAUGUUGGUAUUUCUUCGAGUGUUCUAUGAAUGGAGAUAAGCCAGAAUAUAAAAUUCAUUCAGAACAUGGGACUACAAUCAAUUGGGGUGGCAAUAUUGAGGAAGGGUUUACUGAGGUCUUAGGACAGAUCCGGGUUACCAUUAACGAACAGGAAGCAUCUCCCACAAAAGAUAUUUUGCCAUCCUCAGCUUGUUCAGAAUUAUCUGUAAUUUCUCAAUCAUCCGCUUCAACUAUUGAAACUUACUCCAAUGAAGAAAAUUAUAUAGGCCCUGUGGAUCCAAAUCUGGUACAAAAUGUUACAUCUAAUCUUGGCGAAAUUGAGAAAAGCUCAGAAUCUGCGUCAUCUAUCUGCACAGAAACUAAAUUAUUGGAAGAUAGGGAGAUUAAUGAAUUUCUGGACUCAACGCAUAAGGAAACGAUUAGUAAUGAGAUAAGAGAAAGAAAUCGGGAAAAUAAGUUCAGAUCUCAAGACCCUUUAUCAUAUGAUAAAGAUAUUUCGCAAUCUAAUAAAAACAAAGUACAAAGAUUUAUGUUAGAAGUUUCUGAAAACUCUAGUCCACAAUUACAAUAUACCGAUUCUAUUAUUAGCAAAGUUAGCACGGCUAAUGGUAAUGUAACCCCGAAUGAAACAAAAUUUCAACCCAGCAAUGCUAACUUUACGCUUUUAUAUGAAAAACUUUGUGAUGCUAUAAUUCUUGCUGAUCGUAAAACCCAAGAAGCUAUAAUGUGUUAUUGCCUAUUUGGAAAGGCCCUUAUUCAAAGACGUAAUGAAAUAGCAUCGGAAAAACAAGUUGAUCCAGAAUCCAAUAUUGUUGGUAGAAUUUUAAAUAAAGAAAUAAAAACACAGUUACCCGCAGAUACUUCUGAUAGCCUUUUACGUAAGAGAAUCGAAAAAGCAAAGAAGCUUUAUAAACUUUUUGAUGCAAUAG